AUGGUUGCACUUCUUGACAUCGAGGGCACCGUGUGCUCGAUCUCGUUCGUGAAAGAGACACUUUACCCGUACUUUCUUGAAACGUACGCCUCGACAAUCUCGACCAUGGAAUAUCCCAUUACAGGCGAGCGGGACGAGAUGUCUGCGAUUUUGAGCGGCUUCCCAACGGAGGCAAAACAAUCGCAAGAAGCGUUGAAAAGCCACAUUUCGCACUUGGUCUCCAACGACAUCAAGGACCCGGUGCUCAAAGCCUUCCAGGGCAAAGUAUGGAAACUGGGCUAUGCCAAAGGCGAGUUGAAGGCGCCAGUGUAUUCGGACGCCAUUGAGUUUUUCGAGAGAUCGGACAAAACGUACAUCUACUCGUCGGGCAGUGUCGCUGCGCAGAAACUCUUGUUUGCUCAUGUCGAUGUGAAUGGGUGCCUGACUGACCUCACGCCCAAGCUUGCGGGAUACUUUGACAUCACCACUUCGGGAUAUAAGCAGGAGCAGGCGUCGUACGCCAGCAUCAGCUCGGCCAUUGGCGUUGCGCCAAAGGACAUCACGUUUUACUCGGACAACAUCAACGAAAUCAAGGCAGCACACAGUGCGGGUUUGGCCACCCGUCUUGUGGUCAGGCCCGGGAACGAGCCUGUUUCCGAACAGGACAAGGCAGUGUUCACCGUCAUCACUACUUUUGACGACGAGUAG